AUGGAGAAGACGAAACUGCCGCUGCCGCUGGUGCACAGCGAGCGGCUGUGGCGGUGGGCGAAGACGGCCUUCUUCAUCGUGGCGAUGCUGGCGUCGCUGCUGCUCGUGUGCGCGCCGCCGCUGCUGGUCGUGCUGCUGGACCUCCUCCUCCCGCCCGCGCUGCUCUCCAACUUCCUCCGCGCCCAGGCACACGCCCCGCCGGUUUCCUCCUCCUCCGCCGGUGUCUCCUUCGCCGCCGCGCUCGCCGGCCAGGCCAGGGCCUUCCACUUCGGCUCCUCGCUCGUCGACCUCCCCGCGGUCUCCGCCGCGCGCUCCCUCCUCAUCCUCUGCGCGUACACCGCAGGCGGCGGAGGCGGCGCCGCCUACAGGUGGGUCGCCGUCGCAUGCAGCGCCGCAUCCCUCUGCUACGUCCUCGCCAAGGCCGUCGCGGUCUUCGGCGUCGCCGGCGCCGGGCUCGAGUGGCAGGGGAAGGGCCAGCUCGUCGCUGUCGAGGCCAUGUUCCUCAUGUCGCUCGCGCUCGCCGUCGCACACCUCGCCAUGGCGUACCGCGCCUCCUGCCGCGAGCGCCGACGCCUGCUCGUCUACAGAAUCGACGUCGAAGCGGUAAGACUAAAGGGAGGCCAAACGCCCAAGGCACUGAAGCAAUGCAUGCCAAUGCAAUGCAGGAUGAGCCGUGUGGCAGAUGCUUCUGUUGCCUUGUUGACCCGGAAUUGUGAAUACCUGUCACGUGCGGGAACAGGUGACAAUGGGCAUCUUUAA